AGCGAGGCAUCGAUUCACCGCUGCACACCAGACAUACUCCGCAAUAUCUUCCAGUUGGUGAAGGACGAGUCCCGGAAGAGCGCUGCAUCUUGUACGAGAGUGUGCAAGGCGUUCCACGAGCCUGCGAGCGACGUCAUUUGGGAGUGGCUUCCAUCAAUAGUACCUCUCAUACGUUGCAUGCCUCCGGAUUUGUGGAAGGAGUCACAAGCAGAGUCGAGUUCAGCCCUUGUACUAGCUAGGUCAUGCGUAGAAACCGACUGGGAGAGAUUCACGUACUACGCAAUGAAAGUUCAGGGGAUCUAUGCUCUCGGUGUCCACAAGGUUACACUGGAUGCCCUCAUCAUUAACCGACCUUCCCUUUCUUUUCUCCCAAACCUCGAUAUCCUCUGUUCGUCUUUUGAGGAGGUUGAGUAUCUGUUGCCGUUCUUUGUCCCGGCCAUAAGGGAAGUCCGCAUCCGCCCUACCGAUCCGAAGCUUGAGCGUGAUCUUCUGCCGAAGGUCAUUCUCUCACUAGCUGCCAUGGUUCAGCUCUCGCCAAACAUUCGGGAUAUCACCGUCGAGGGGGACAUUGAUAUAUCUGCGAAUCCCGCCUUCAUGAACACGUUGAAGCAUCUUCGUGAUGUGCGACUGUUCAGCUGUUCCAUCACACCCAUCUCUCUUCAGUUUCUCACCGCAUUGGCGUCUUGGCCCCAACUCACGUCGCUGCGCGUUCAUGCUGCACGGAACUCUGGCUGGACCAGAGAAGUGUGGACACCACUUCUCGAGCUAUCUGCUUCAGAUGUGCCGGAAGGACUGCAAUUCCGCUCGCUUCGCAAACUUUUUGUUGCAAUGAAUCAGCGGAUGCCGGAGGUUGUUAUGAAGAGUUUCGGUAUGUUCCACAACCUGACACGCCUUCAAGUCCUCCACCAGGACGCUAAAGAGCCAACGAAGCUUCAAGGCUGGCUGGAAGAUAUCGGAGAACACUGUUCUCCCAAGUGCUUGCAGCUUCUGGAGCUCGUCCGAUGGAAAUUCGAGGCCCCGCCACAGCAGCCAGCUGAACUAUUCCUUGAAGGGGCAAUACUCAAGCCGCUCAAACCCUUCUCAAUGUUGCGUACCCUCAGGAUAGAUGUCGAGUAUGCCCUAAAUCUUAGCGACGAGACACUCGAAGAAUUCGCGUCGUGCUGGCCCCUCAUCACCCGUCUGGACCUUUGUACCGACAACAAUGCCGAUCCGUCCAACUUACCUCGAGUCAUGGUAACUCCUCUGGGCCUGAUAUCCCUCGUCAAACUCUGUCCUGACCUGGAGCAGCUUUCUAUCGUCUUCGACGCCACGAAGAUCCGCCUUGUCGAGGGCCAGCGUCCAGGACGAGGUGUCAGCGGUAAGAAGACAACCAGUCUGGAUGUUGGAAAAUCACCUAUCUCCGACGCUCUGGACGUCGCAGAGUUCCUUUCCGAUCUCUUCCCAUCACUGGAGGAGGUCGAAACCGAAUGGGGGAGGGGGACGCGGGAGCAGGAACACUGGGCUUUAGUAGACAGUGCGAUUACGCGAUUUGCAAGGAUACGGCGGGAGGAGAGGAGACAUCAGUCGGCAUCCGUCCCUGUCAGUGCAGAGGCGGGAUCAUCAGGUGAGAGGCAUAGGGUUCACAGGCGGAACGGGAGCUUAUGUUCCUUCCCCGCGGCUGUCAGCUCCUUGUGGAGCGCUUUGAAUCCUACUUCAAGGCAAAACAUGGUGUAG